AAUACACUAGGGGGGACAUUCCGUCUUCCUCGCUAAUUAAUUAAAAUAGAGACAAAAGAGAGAAAGUAAAGAUAAACAAUCAACGAACAGAAAUCAACAUCGACCAACAGAAAAUUAACCUUAACUUUGUUUCGAAUUCAAUAGAUGGCGCUCGUAAUCGAAUUUUCGUUUUCUGGUUGAUUUUCUACAAAUUUUUCUCUCGUAAUCUGACCUAAAUUCCUAAUUAACCAAAAUAAUUAACUAACCAAAUCUAAAUUACUCUGAAUACCCUAGCCCUCAGCUAUCCAACAAUAUAUAAAUUGUACCAAUUAACCCUCCUCACUGUGUAAAAACUGUGUAGACUCUCCUUCACCAUGUCCACCACGUGUCUUUCAACUGACAACUCAACCUGUUUAGCCGCCAUUAAUGAGAUAAAGGAUAAAAUCAUCGAGAUGAACCUGCCGAAAACUCGCAAAAAAGAUGUAGACUUUCUGCUCUCCAAGAUCCAGCUUGUGUUAGAUACCCUGAACAACCCCCAACCAACCACCGCCAACGCCGACCAAUCAAUCAGCCAAAAAAUCCUCGAUAAACUCGAAUCCUUAACCACCCCAUCAACCACACCAACAUACUCUCACAUCACCGCCUCAAGACCCUCUCCCAUCACCAUCAUCAUCAAAUCUAAAACCGAAACUACUACACUGAACGAAAUUAACGAAAAACUAAGAUCAGCAAUCAAGACCAACCCAGAAGUGAGAACAGAGUACAUCACCAACAGCCCAAAUGGUAUAAGAGUUACGUCAAUGGAUAAAAAAAUACAAUCCAAAGUCUCGGACCUGCUGAUGAAUAUACUUCCCGCUGAUUCCUUUACCGUCGACCCACUCCAGAAGUUAAAUCCUCAGAUUGAAUUCACUGCUCAAACCGACCAAAUAGAGUCCAUCGAAAUGUUCAAAAAGCGGAAUGAUAUUGACCAAAAUGAAGAGGUAAUCUUCGUUCACUCCAAGGAACUACGGUCACCAAAUAACAUAAAAACGAAAUGGCCCAGAACCAAAGUGAUUGUCAGAAUGACCCGAACCGCCCGCGAACAAAUCGAGAAAAAAGGGAAAAUCUACAUUGGUGGCGAAGGAGUAAAAUUCUAUGACAACUACAAUGUAAGAUGCUGCUACAAAUGUCACCAAGUUGGUCAUACGGCCAAAUUUUGCGCUGGUGAAUCCCAAUGUGGUAAAUGUCACGCAACAAACAGCCAUUCCACCUCCGACUGUACGUUCGCUGACACCUUUUCCGAAUGCCUAUUCUGUAAAAAUGCUGGCUUCCAAAAUACCAAACAUCGACCACGAACUGCGAAUUGCGCGUCAUUUAACCAAGCAAUAGAAAAAAUCAAAAAUAUAACCGAUUGGAACAAUGGAUCUAAUAAUUAAAGCCCAUAAUUGUCACAAAGAAAUAGCUAAAACACAAAAUAUCAUCAACAAAUUAUCACAUGACGCGUCGGUUGUACUGCUUCAAGAGCAGAACAACAAUACAAUACUCGCCUUCAACCACCCAGCAUACUCAACCUUCAUCAAUGGCAACACCACAACAAUCACCCAACGAAGUAAACUCAUUCGGCACCGCGCAAUUGGAAACGACUGCAUUCUCACCAUCAUCAAAUUCAACAACAAAAAAAUCGCUAUCAUCAACAUCUACCUUAACCCCACACUCACCACUCACCAAAUUAAACAACAACUACAGCUCAUUUCUACCUCACUAAAAGGUCUAGCGCAACUACCUAUCAUCAUCCAAGGUGAUAUCAAUUGCGAAGACCUAACUUGGUCACCACAAUUAACCAGCUCAUCCAACCAAAAUUCAAGCCAGGCAAUAAACGAUCUCCUCGUCAGCCACUCCUUAAUCAUCCCUUACAACCCAACAACAAUAGCCCACACAUACAUGUCAUUACAAAACAACCCUAAAUGGAUCGACCUAGUAGCCACCAACCAACAACCUUCCCAUAUCACCGUAACAGUCAAACCUGCAACCUACGACCACUCCGAAUUCACCAUCACC